GCCUCGACGAGUUCAUCCUCACCGAGCCCCUCGGCUCCGGCACCUACGCCACCGUCUACAAGGCCUACAGGAAGAGGGACACGCGUGAGGUGGUGGCCAUCAAGUGCGUCAACAAGAGGAGCCUGAACCGGGCAUCGGUGGAGAACCUGCUGACAGAGAUCGAGAUCCUCAAGACCAUCCGCCAUCCCAACAUUGUGGAGCUCAAGGACUUCCAGUGGGACAGUGACCACAUCUACCUGAUCAUGGAGUUCUGUGCCGGGGGGGACCUGUCCCGCUUCAUCCGCACGCGCCGGAUGCUCCCCGAGAAGGUGGCACGUGUCUUCCUGCAGCAGCUCGCCUGUGCCCUGAAGUUCCUGCACGACCACAAUAUCUCCCACCUGGACCUGAAGCCGCAGAACAUCCUGCUGAGCGCCCCAGAGAACCCCCAGCUGAAGCUGGCAGAUUUCGGCUUUGCCCAGUACAUGUCCCCGUGGGACGAGAAGCACGUGCUGCGGGGCUCCCCGCUCUACAUGGCCCCUGAAAUGGUGUGUCGGCAGCACUACGACGCCCGCGUGGACCUCUGGUCCGUGGGAGUCAUCCUUUAUGAAGCACUUUUUGGGAAGCCACCCUUCGCUUCCCGCUCAUUCGCCGAGCUGGAAGAGAAAAUCCGCAGUGACCGGGCUGUGGAGCUUCCCAGCCGGCCCCAGCUCUCUCUGGAAUGCCGGGAUCUCUUGGGGCAGCUGCUGGAGAGGGACCCUCGCAAGCGCAUCUCCUUCGAGAGCUUCUUUGCCCACCCCUUCGUGGACAUGGAGCACGUGCCCGGCCCCGAGAGCCUGGGCAAGGCGACCGACCUGGUGGUGGAGGCGGUGAGGAAGGAUCAGGAGGGAGACGCCGCUGCCGCCUUCUCCCUCUACCGCAAAGCCCUGGAGUAUUUCGUGCCAGCACUGCACUAUGAGAGCGACGUGCGGCGCAAAGAAGCCAUCCGGGCCAAGGUGAGGCAGUACAUCUCCCGAGCAGAGGAGCUGAAGGUGUUGGUCACCUCCAGCAACAAGAACCUCCUGGAGAAAGGAAACCCGGCCAGAGAGCUCCUUAAAGAGAUGGCCAAGGACAAACCCCGGCUGUGCGCGGCGCUGGAGGUGGCCUCAGCUGCCAUUGCCAAGGAGGAGGAGGGCAGGGAUGACAGUGACGCCCUGGAGCUGUACCAGCAGAGCCUGGGGGAGCUGCUGCUGCUCCUGGCCGGGCUCAUUUCCCUGCCAGCCCUGCCUCGGCCGUCUGCUGCCGCAGCCUCCCCUGGCACAGCGGGCGGGUUAUUCCACUCUAAUUCCCUCCGCUGGCUCCACGGGAAGGGUAUUUUUAUCCUGGCACUGGGCUCUGGCAGGACAUCCCCCCUGCUUUUUCAGCUGGGUGGUUCUUCCCCCUCCCAAAUUCUGGGGGAGCCCACAAAUCCGGCCGGGAGCUGAGGGUGGGCAGGGAUGCUCCGCUGUGCCUUCCUCGCCCAGCAUCUACCUCUGCAUCCACUGCUGCUCGUCCAGCCUCCAUCCAGCAGCCACUGCACUGGCCCAGCCCGGGCAUCCCUGCCUGCCUCUCACUGCUGGAGCACUGGGAAUGAGGCUUUUCCUUCCUAAACCUGGAGCCUGACAGGUGCUGGCUGCACCAUCAGUGUCACGACCGUGAGCAGUGCUCAGCGGGGACCCAUUGAGUCAGGCACCUUCAGGGAGGCACCCUCAGCAUCCUGCCUGCCCUGCUCCACUCCUCAGGGCCCUGGCACCCCCAGCAUCCAAAUCAUGCUCCCUGGAGUCAUUGUUAACGGGGUGCUGAUGUUACCUGGCCUGCAAAACAAGGUACUUGUCUCAAAAAUCUACUGUAUCUCAAGGGAAUGUAAUUUAUUGUCUUUAAUAAAUUUUAAUUUUGAUUUCUCCA